AUGCUACGAACCGGCCUUUGCACGGAUCGGACGAAAGUCUUCCCCGUUGCACCGAUCACCAGACGGUGCAAAGAACGAAAAGGGAAAUACGGGGUGGUCCAAGAGACGAUCCGUUUCCCCUCGUACGGACUCGAUCCGAGAUCUCGAGUCGCCGAGGAGAACGGAACGACGCCCGUCGGGCGACAUUCCAUCCGAUCCCUUCGAAUCCGAUGGAUUUUACCCGAUGACGACAGAGAGAAGCUUCUGGCGCUGACCCGCGGUCUCCGAGGACUCUACGAGGAUCCCGACUUCCGAGCCCGUUCCGAGUCCAUCUCCUAUUCCAGGAAGAUGAAGAACAUCGUCUGGAAGCGACCAAAGGAGUUGACCCCGAGCCCUCGACUGUUCGUGGCCGGAGUGAGUCGGACGGACAUCGUCCAGGGGAAUCUGGGAGAUUGUUGGUUCUUGUCUUCCUGUGCGGCCCUGGCGAGGGAGGAGGCUCUCGUCUACAGGGUAAGGACGGACCCCGACCCACGGAGCCCGGAGUUCCUUCCUCUCGGACCGACCCCGACCCGACCCCGACCCCGACCCCGACCCCAACCCCGACCCCGACCCGACCCCGACCCCGACCCGACCCCGACCCACGGAGCCCGGAGUUCCUCUUCCGUGAUUCCGCCGGACCAGGACCUGACCGGUCCUAAUUACAAGGGCGCGCUGUACGUGAGAUUCUGGCAGUUCGGUCAAUGGGUGACGGUGUACAUCGACGAUCGACUCCCCACCCUCCACGGGAAGCUCAUAUUUGCCCGAUGCACGGACAAAAACGAGUUCUGGAUCCCCCUCGUGGAGAAAGCCUAUGCCAAAAUCCAUGGAUGUUACGAGGCGAUCGAGGGGGGCCAGGCCAUGGAUGCCCUCGUCGAUCUCACCGGAGGUUUAGCCGAAUGUUAUCAACUCUCCGAAUCCAGUCUGGACCAGAGAGCGAAUCUCUUCAAACGUCUCUACAAGUCCGCCAUCUCGGGCGCCUUCAUCACCUGCUCCCGAAAGGGCGAUUGGACGCAGGCGACGAAGGCAGACGCGAUGGGGUUGGUCGGCGGUCACGCGUACACGGUGACGGGGAUCGCCAAGAUCAACGCCUCCCGCCUCGGACACGUGAACCUCGUCCGGGUCCGCAACCCCUGGGCCAACUCCGCCGAGUGGAAGGGUCCCUGGUGCGACGGGGACGAGAACUGGCGGUACGUGGACGAAUCCACGAAGCGGAAGUUGGACCUGCAGCACCAAGCGGACGGGGAAUUCUGGAUUACCUACGAGGACUUCUGCCUCGAGUUCGAGGAGGUUUCCAUGUGCACCAUGGGACCGGAUUUCGACUCCGACGGAAUCGUCGAUCGCAUCGGACAGGUGAAGGCGAUCCACGGGGCGUGGCGGAAAGGCGACAACGCCGGCGGUUCUCGCAACGACCUCGUCAGAUUCGCCACGAAUCCGCAGUAUCUGCUCACGAUAACGGAGCCCGACGACUACGAUCCGAACGGAGAAUGCAGCGUGCUCGUAUCGCUGAUGCAGGAAUACCGACGCCAGCAGCGGAGCCUGGGCGUGAAGAUGCUCCAGAUCGGCUUCAUGGUCUACGAGAACCCGUCGGGAGGAAGGCUGGGGGUCGGGCAUUUCCGUCGCCACUCGCCGAUCGCAUCCGCGACGCCGUACGUCAACCACCGGGAGGUGAACGCGAGGAUGGAACUCGAGCCGGGGAGGUACACCGUCGUGCCGUCCACUUAUCGUCCCGGGUGCGAUUCGGGCUACAUCCUUCGCGUCUACGGCGGAACGAGCAACUUCCAAAUAAAAUCGACGGAGGAGCCUGGGCGCCGCAUAUCGGAGGACUACUUCCAGUAUCACUACGAGACGGGAUCCUACGGGGCAUUCAUCAACUACCGGGAGAUCUACCGGCGGCUCGAGUUGAAACCGGGGCAUUACGUCAUCGUCCCGGCCACGUUCAUGCCGGAUUGUGAGGCUGGAUUCAUGAUCCGGGUCUACGCUGCCAAGCCCUUCCAACUCACCCUUCUCCCUCAUCAUCCUCGCCUUUGA